AUGCCCCAGUCCAGUAAAGAACUGAAAGGUAAAAUUUUGGAGUAUAACACAGGAGCUCUGGGGGUAUGGUGGAUCGACGAAAACAACAUUUUGAAGCCAUGCCCACCUAAGGAGUUGAAAUUUGAACUUCAUCCGACCUUAGAAUACAACGAUAGCACCACCCUUAAAUUGGGCUCUCUGCGAAACGACCAUCUGGCCAGGUUCGAUGAUCCUAGUGAGGAGUCUUUGAUGCGCAAUAAGAUCUCCUGGGGAACUGCUCCCAUGCCUGAGCGACUAUACAAAAGUCAGCCUCCUGGGCCUGGAAACUCUCCUAUCUGGGAAGUCUACGUUGACGGCUAUCAGGACUCCGCUUGGGAUUCUAGGUGGGCAUUUAAACGGAAAGUCGCUAGCGUCAAAAUCUGCGAGUCUGUCAACGAAUCGAGCAAUGGAAUGCAGAUUCGUGAUGGACGUUUCUUUAUCGCAGGUACAAUCAAAUUCAAAGGAAUCGACGAAUGGGUAGACUUUGAGGGACCUCCUAUCUACAUCUGCGGUGAAGACAGCAAACAUAGACCAGUUGGCGAGUAA